CCCUAGGAUCUCUCAAAUCCAACUCACUCAUAUCUCUCUCUCUCUCUCUCUCUUUUUGAGAUUCAUACAAACAAAAAAUUAAAAUAUGCAGAAGUUUAAAGUUCUAUUGGUUCUAUUCCUCUCAGUAUGCCAAGGUGCUUUGUCUUAUACAGAUGGUUUAUUGCCAAAUGGUGACUUUGAAGUUGGUCCAAAAGCAUCAAACCUAAAGGGUACAGUGGUGACAACCCAUGAUGCCAUACCUAAUUGGACAGUUUCAGGGUACGUUGAAUACAUAAAAUCAGGACAAAAACAAGGUGACAUGCUUUUGGUUGUACCAGAAGGUGCUUAUGCUGUUAGGCUAGGAAAUGAAGCAUACAUUAAGCAAAAAGUGAAAUUAAAUAAAGGGUCAUCUUAUUCCAUCACAUUCAGUGCAGCUCGCACGUGUGCACAAGAAGAGAAACUUAAUGUGUCAGUGGUACCAACUUCUGAGAAAAGAGAUUAUGGUAUCAUUCCAAUACAAACUAUGUAUGGUAGUAAUGGUUGGGAAUCAUUUGCUUGUGGGUUUAGAGCUGAUUAUCCAGAAGGGGAAAUUGUGAUCCAUAACUCUGGUGUUGAAGAUGAUCCAGCUUGUGGUCCACUUAUUGAUUCUGUUGCUUUGAAGGUUUUGAACCCACCUAUAAGAACCAGAGCCAAUUUAUUGAAAAAUGGAAACUUUGAAGAAGGACCAUAUGUGUUCCCAAAUGCAUCAUGGGGGGUAUUGAUCCCACCCCACAUUGAGGAUGCUCACGGUCCAUUACCAGGAUGGAUAGUUGAAUCUCUGAAAGCAGUAAAAUACAUUGAUUCUGAACACUUCACAGUACCAGAAGGAAAAAGAGCAAUUGAACUUGUAGCAGGAAAAGAAAGUGCACUUGCACAAGAAGUAUUCACAACAAUUGGAAAAGUUUAUGUCCUCACUUUUGCAGUUGGUGAUGCCAAUAAUGCAUGUGAAGGUUCUAUGACCGUAGAAGCAUUUGCUGGUAGAGACACUGUUCAAGUUCCAUAUCAAUCUAAGGGUAAAGGAGGGUUUGUUAGAGGCAAACUUCGUUUUAAGGCAUCGACAAGACGUACUAGGAUUAGGUUCCUAAGUACAUUUUACACCAUGAAGAAUGAUAACUCUGGUUCUCUUUGUGGACCUGUUAUUGAUGAUGUAAAAUUGCUUAGUGUUCGUUAUCCCAACAACCAUACCUAAGUAGUAUGCUGCAAAUCAAAAUGCUACCUUCAUAUCAAUCAUGUUUCAGUAUUUUUAUUACGUUAUAGAAUUAAUUCUUGUAAUAAUAUAUAUAGCUAGGAGGAGGAUCUAUUAUUGAGUGGUUUUACUCAGUCUUAUAUAUUCACGUAUCCAAUCUACAUCUACGAUCUACAUCUACAAUGUAAACAAAUGACAAAUAUUUCAAUACGUGGCAAUAUUAUAUAUAUAGCACUCUUUUGCAUUA